UUCUGACCUUAAAAGCUGUUAGGCACUUCCGGUGUAAAUCAUUCAGGGCACGAUUUUUUAAAAGCAGUCGCAACGGAAAGUGUGAAUCCAGCUGUUUUUUUUAUCUAUCGUUGAUACCGUUAUAUUAUGACAAUGUUCCCGUUUUCCACAGUAGUGUGAUAUUGAAGGAUUGAACAUGAACGAAGAGAGCUAUGCUCUGUGUGAACGGUUAAUUCCAAGUUCCUAUGUGAGACAAGCACGCCAAGCUGUUCGUAGCAGAGAGAAUCAAAUACGGACUUUCCUUGAACACCGAAGAUGGUCCGAAGAUGGUUGGGAUGAUGAGACUAUUGAGUUACUGCUGCAUCAACUAUCACUGAUGGACAGUAACAACUUCCCUGGUAACUGCGGUGUUGGUGAAAGAGAAGCUAGGUUCUUAUCGGGUAUUGUUGCUAGGCGACAUUUUAGAUUGGGUCAUGGUAUCGGUAGAUCAGGUGAUAUCACUGCUAUCCAACCCAAAGCUGCUGGCUCCAGCAUAUUAAUGAAACUGUCUAAUGUCUUAGUUACAGACGCAAUUAAAAUUGCAGGUUUCACACCCGUCGUAAUUGAAAACCUGUUGGAAGGAGAUGAGCUAAGAACAGAUCUCGCUAAAAUUGAAGAAAAAAUUCUUGAACUUGGAGCUGAAAAUAUAUGUUGCAUUUGUAGCACAACAAGUUGUUUCGCGCCUAGAGCACCGGAUAGGUUAGAAGAGAUAGCUAUACUUUGUAGUAAAUAUAACGUCCCACAUGUUGUAAAUAAUGCAUAUGGUUUACAGUCUUCCAAGUGUAUGCACCUCAUUCAACAGGCCUCACAGGUUGGCAGACUAGAUAUAUUUGUACAAAGCUCUGAUAAGAACUUUAUGGUUCCUGUGGGUGGAUCAGUCAUAGCAGGGUAUAAUAAAGAACUGGUUGAUUCAAUCAGCCAGAUUUAUCCAGGUCGAGCCUCUGCUGCUUCAUCAAUCGAUGUAUUUAUUACACUAUUAACAUUGGGGAGCAAAGGUUACAAGAAAUUACUAGCUGAUAGGAAGGAUAUGUACAAGUACCUGUCUCAGGAGAUAAGUAAAGUGACCGCAUUACACGGAGAGAGGUUGUUAAACACAAAAAACAACACUAUAUCUCUGGCUAUAUCACUGUCACAACUGCAAGGUAACACUAAACAGCUGACUGAAUUUGGUUCCAUGCUGUUUACCAGGUUUGUCUCAGGUACCAGAGUGAUUGCACAUGAAAGUCCACCUCUCGUUGUCUCUGGUUAUGAAUUCAACAACUAUGGGGCACACACUAACAGAUAUCCCUGCACAUAUUUAACUGCUGCAGCUGCGAUAGGAAUGACUAAAGAUGAUGUGGACAUGUUUGUGAAAAGACUUGAUAAAGUACUGGGAAAAUGUCUUAAAAACGUCAAAUCUCAACCAGACUGCUUGGUGGAGAGUCGCAUUGACAGUAGUGAACAAAGCACUGUAGAACUUCAGGAAGGUGAACAGUUAUCCAGUGACUUGGAGAAUAAAUUAACUUUGAAUUGCAAGGACAAUUGAGCAUAUAUUUGGGAAUUGAUUGUUUUUGGAUCUACGUGGUAUUGUAUUUUACUGGAGGAGAAAAGAUUCUCAUCAGGGUGGGGACAUUAAUAAAUCAUGCCAUAAAAUUAAUCUGAAAUUUUUAUUUUUAAAUAAAUGAAAUACAUGAUAAUCAUGCAAAAAGUGAAUAAAUGUACAUUUCUGCAAUUA